UUUUAACUUUUUUAACCCAAACAUGCUACCUUAGCGAGACAUGCCGGACUUGAAGUGAGCUAAGGCAGCUUUAUUUUCUUCUGACAUAGAAAUUACUGCGACAUUAGAUGCUCGCCGUUUUGAACAUCGAGAGACGUCGUUCUUCUCACUUAAUUUACCGAGUUCUCCGUUGUUUUAAAUCGCGAUGUUAACGUUCAAAUAGGUGGUGAACUGCUAACUAGCUACAUGGUACCAUGUUGACUGAAUUGUUGCAAGGCACUGAUGCUGGAGGGUUUCUUAUAAUACAAGAUUCUGCCAGUUAUUCUGGUCGACACCUCCUGAAGAGUUUCAUCAAUGCUGCAUUACACAGGGAGGAAGCUGUGCAUGUUCUUGGCUUUGAGGUCAGUGAAGAAGAGCUGAAAGAUGGUUUGAUAGGAGCAUCCAUUCACAGGCUCCACUUUCACAAUGCGUACACAGACCCGCUGGGCUGGACUCAUAACCCAGCUUUCACAGUUCACCAGUUCUGUUCGGAGGGUGUCACGCAGCUGGUCAAACAAACGUCGCAGUCGAAACCAGCUACCUUAGUGAUCGAUUCCCUUUCGUGGAUUUUGAGACACGUCGGUCCUCCCGCUGUCUGCAAGACUCUUCAGCAACUUAGAAAAGGGGGAGCUGUGAGAGCUAUUAUUGGUCUGCUCCAUGCAGAUAUGCAUCAGAGGGGAACUGUGGGAAGUGUAUGCCACAUGGCUACUUCUGUUAUCACUGUAGCACCCGGGAUGAAGGGAGAUGAAGCAGUGGCGAAGAUAACAAAGCGCUCAAAAUCGGGGAAAGUUAUGCAAGAUGAGGAGAUUUUUAGCUUCAAAGAGGAUUUCACAGUCGUAGUACAGAACAGGCCCAGCCAACUUGGACUCAAACAGACUGAAACAGAGGAACGGGAGACGGACCCAACAGCCAACCUGACCUUCAACCUGCGAUUAUCUGAUACAGAGCGCGAAGCCAAAGAGAAACUUGCACUUCCUUUUGUCUUCAGCAAAGAGAAAAAAACAGCUCUGCUCCACUCAGGCCGAGGUUCAGGACGGAUUCUGUACGAGCCGGACGCCAACGACGACUAUGACCAAGAGGACCCUGAUGAUGAUCUCGACGUGUAGGGUCAGGGCACAGAAGAUCAGAAGAUGUUUUUUAUCCUUAUAACAUUAAAGACACUGAGUCGUUGUCGGUAGUUGAAGAGUCAAUGCUUUAUCAUUUUUUUAUGGAGCUUUAAAAAUGUAAAAUAAUAACAAUAACAAAAUGUCUUUAAAAAUAUCUGUAUCAUGUUUAUUAAAUGGUUCCAUUGAAGAGUUUUUCCAAAUAUUAUUCAUCAUCUUUAUUUUCUAAAUAAAAAUGAGUUGUUUUUUUCUUAUUGAAUAAAAUUCUGUGUUUAUCCGACCGUUAGUUUACACUGUUUAUUCACGACAUUGAUGUAAUAUAAAAUCUCAUAUCCUAGCCACUGCACUAAAGUGAGUAACCUUUAACGCUUAUCCCAACUU